AUGCCCAGCCCCCUGUACGUCAAACCUGGACCCGUUGAGAACUUUAACGCCCCCUCGUGGCUGGAUCUCCCCCUAAAGCACGUGAUCGAGAGCCAACAGUUCAACCAGGCCUCCCUGAAUACUAUCUUCGAGGUGGCUAGGCAAAUGGAGGAUGUUCGGCCAGGGACCCCCGAAUCCCGCGCGCUGGACGGCGCCGUGAUGUCCACCCUGUUCUAUGAGCCCUCCACGCGCACCCGCCUCUCCUUCGAGGCUGCCAUGGCGCGCCUGGGCGGCACCGUGCUGUCCACUGAGAGCGCGGGCGAAUUCUCCUCCGCCGCCAAGGGCGAGACGCUGGAGGACACCAUUCGCACGGUGGAGGGCUACGCAGACUGCAUCGUGCUGCGCCACUUUCAGGCAGGCAGCGCCAAGAAGGCGGCCAGCGCGGCCUCCGUGCCCAUCCUGAACGCCGGUGACGGGCCGGGGCAGCACCCCACCCAGGCCCUGAUCGACGUCUACACCAUCCAGCGGGAGAUUGGGCGCCUCGAAAACUUCACCGUCGGGCUGGUGGGAGACUUAGCCAAUGGGCGCACAGUGAGGUCCCUAGCCUAUGUCCUGUCCAUGUAUGAGAAUGUGAAGAUGUACUUUGUUGCCCCGGAUGUGGUCCGCAUGAAGGACGACAUCAAGGAGUACCUCACCGGUGUGGGCGUGCAGUGGGAGGAGGUCGAUGACCUGUCAGCGGUGGCUGCCGAGGUGGACGUGCUGUACCAGACCCGGAUCCAGAAGGAGCGGUUCCAGGACCGGCCCGACGACUACGAGCUGGCAAAGGGCAGGUACAUCGUGGACGCCAAGCUCAUGGCCCUGAUGAAGCAGAAGUCAGUGGUCAUGCACCCACUCCCGCGGGUCGACGAGAUCUCCCCCGAGGUGGACUCUGACCCGCGCGCCGGGUACUUCCGCCAGGCAAAGAACGGGCUGUUUGCAGGCCAGGGAGGGCAGGGCGUCCUCAUCCGCUCUGGCGCAGCCCCAGGCGGCGACCUGGGUGCGUCCCGUUUCUAUUCGGUCCGCAUGCCUGUAGGAAAGGAUGCUUCGGGAGCGAUCCUCCUGGCCUCCUUGCCCUCGGCCUGCUGGGCCGCACAGGGGUUUGCCACGCCCCUCACCCUCAGCCUGCACAGCGACGGACAGCCAGCUGGUCUCUCCAUCGACCUGGCCUGCUCCGAUGGAGCCCCAGAUGCCACCGGGCUGCGAUUAGGCACGCCGGCGCUUGCCAGCCUACCCAGCGAGCAAAUUGUGCAGGUGCAGUUCCCCAUCAAGGCUGCGGAGGUGAAGCAACAGGCCCCACCCCAAACCCCCGAGCAGAAGAAGGCUGAAGCAGCAGCUGCGGCAGCCGCGGUCGACCAGGACGAGGAGCUCACCCCCGCUGCCCGAGCAGCGCUGAAAAGAAAGCUGGAGGACGAGAACAAGACGUGGUUGCAAAAGAACUGGAUGAUGCUCAUCCCCGCAGCCCUCAUGGUGAGUAAGGGGCGUUCUGCCGGCUGA